AUGCGCGCCGCCGUCAAGGGUUUCUUCAAGAAGGCGGGCAGCGACGGCAAUCGGCGCAGGGAGGAGAGAGCAGGUCCAGCGGUUAGCCCGCAGAUCUACAGCCCCCCGGUGCCGACGCAACCGCAAGGAUACGGGCCUCCGCACGUCCCGGCACAACCGGCGCAACAAUUGGACCCCGAAUUGCGGCUCUUCCGCGAACAUGGCGACACGUACGCCGGGCAGGGCAAGUAUGACCAAGCUGUGGUCAUGUACAUGGCGGCACUGGAGAAAGCCCCUGGCGACGCCGAGCUGCUCCUCAGCCUGGCCGUAGCACGCAUGAUGUUGACGCCGCCGCUGCUGGUGGAAGCGUUGGAGGCUGUCGAGGAGGUCAUCCGCCGUCAUCCCGGGAACGUCUACGCCUACAUCACAAAGGCCGACAUCUGCGAGCGGAUGGUUGAUUUCGACGGUGCCGAAGCAGCCCUGCAGAUGGCUGUCCAGAUAGCAGUCGGCAUGGAGCGUGUGCGCUUGCAGCAGUCGCUGGCGAGUUUGCGCUCGAAAAGGGCACAAACUCAGACGCAGCAGCCAACCCCAGCGUCACAGGGAAUGGGGGUGAGCCUUCCAGGAGCCUCCGAGGCCGUCGCGCCGACCCCGACUCCGCAGCUGCAGGAGGUGAGAGGCGGCCCCUCGGGCCCCUCGAUGCCGAGUCGCUUUACCGGUGGCCCGGCAAACCGACCGGCCGUUGCUACAGCGCCAACGACGGCUUCAUCUCAAGCAAGCACGGUGAACACGGGCGCCAACCGAGCACCACCACCGCCGUCAGUGGUACGGCCUUACUCGUCGUCCAACGUAAACGAGACACCUGCUCGCAGCAUCCCCCUGAGCCCUGACCUCCUCGACAACAUUCCUCAGGAGGCACCUCCCUCCUACGCUACGACGUCAGGCACCACCACCACUCCGAACUUUACACAUGCCGAGCUCGAUCGGCGACUCGACCACCUCGAGCAGAAUCUAGCCAUCAGGAAUAAAGGAUCUCUGGCUGUCCGGCCGUACACGCUUCCGGGAGGGAUCGAUGCGGUCCUCCUCUUGCGCGUAGGAAUGACUGUGAACGAGCUCACGCCGCAAGAGCUCCAGACACCGACAUAUUUACAUACUGUUCAUUCGCAAAUGAGAGUGAACGCCCGCGACUACCCUAGUAGCACAUUCAUCGACCAAGAUCCCGAGACCUCGCCGUCGUACGACGGGAAAAUCGCCGGAACAGUCACGGUAUUGGGGUAUUCCGAGGAGUACCGGGCUCACCAGCUCCGAAUCAAGCCUUUGCUGAACUUGCAAAUGCAGUCGGAUAUCGUACUUCCAACAAUUUCUUUGGACCGAAUCGUGGCUCGUUUGCGGCUACUCAGGGCGUCCGCCAUCACGGAAGACGAUAAAGCGCUACAAGAGUUUCUUGGCCUCUCUCAAGUAAAACAGCUGCAGUACGGCUUCCAUGCCUCUGGCACUCGGCAACGGCGCAUUGAUAGCCUCUUCAUGCUGUUGUCGAGAUCGCACGCCGACGAACCCGACCGUUUUGUCGAUCUACGCAACACCUCUGCCAUCUCGAGCCUCUUCCUCACUGCCCGGAACAACGAAACCACGCGGCGUGACUUCCUCUACUGCAUGCUACUUGGUGCCGAACUGUUGCUGCGUCUGCGGAAGCAGCCAUUGCUAACAUCCUACGCGUCCAUCGCAACUGACUACACGUCGGGGCUGCUUGUCACCGCCGCUGCUUUCAUGCAAAACGUGCAGAUCAUAGACAGCAGCUUCAACAGCAGCGGCAGUAGCACGGCACCGCGGUACGCGUUCAUAGCCGCUCACCAUCGUGAACAGAGCGAAGCGCUCAUGCGCUUCGGCGAGGCGAUCGCGUGGCCAUACAUGGACGAGGCGCGCGACUUCAUGGAAUCAGCAUACACCAGAAUAGUCCGCGGCGAGGCCAACAGCUUCAGCCUCUGCGACUGGCUCUUCGGCCUGACCCUCCCCGGCAAGCUAUUCCGCCACCACAUCAUGUGCUGCCUCGUGCUGGCGUCCCAGAGCGCCAAGCACCACGGCAGCGCCUACUACUACGACAACGGCCUGGUAGUGGGAACUAAGAGCUACUGGCCGGUCCGGACGGUGCUGGGCCGCGUGCUCGGCGGCCUGCAGAACCCGCGCGCCGUCUGUGGCUGGCUCGGCCCCGUGCCGGCCCCCACGACCACCGACGGCGGAGCCGUCCAAGGCUGGGUCUUCAUCUACGCCGACAACCCCAACUUCCCAGUCCCCGUCACCAAGCCUGCCAACGCACUGGGUGACUUCGGGUUUCACCUCGACGACCAACAAAACAACAACGGCUCGAUCACUUCGGUACCCGACAUGGUCGAGAGCAUCACCAACCCGGAUGAGUGGAUCUGCCCGACGCCGCCAGCCGCGCCAGCACCGGCCAACGUCGCGCGCACGGUACAGUUCAAGGGGAUCCGCCUCGAGAAGUGCCCGUCCACGGGUGAUAACACUAGAUCAUACACCCUCUCGCCGACGGGGCUACCUCCGCCGAUAAAGCACUACGCCAUUCUCGACUUCGAGAUCGCCGGCACGGCCGUGUCGUACAAGCUGUACUCCAAUCCGGUGUUUGUGACGGCGCCGCCUUGCGUGGGGACCCACGUGGUACACCGACAGCAGGCGCUGCGGUACCUGUCCUCCACAGUGACCGUUGCGCAGCUGAAGGAGGUCUUUGUGGAGCCCGGUAAGGUGCUGGUCAUCAAUGCCCAAGGGAAGGGCGAGGAGGUCGUGGCACGGGCAUGGUGUGCCGAGCGAAGGAAGAGUGCUGUUGUACGGAGGAAUCUGUUGGGGCAACAAUGCUGUAUGGCGUGUGCGUGUUCUCUUGCAAGUGCGCGGACGGGGUUAGGGAUCGAAGUGGUGAUUUGGAGCUUGUGA